GCGUGCCCACUUCCACUAAUGAACGUGGAAUCCAUCCUUAUUUAGAUCACGUGCUCUGUUCAUAAUGGUGUCUUUGGAACAGGUGACUGCCAAUACUGUUGACCUCCAUGUCCAAGCAGCCGAAAUCAAUCUUCUCCUCAGCAGUAAGCGAUUUGGUGCGAGCUGCUGCAGGAGGAGAUACUAGCAAAGUCGCCGAUGAAGAUCUUGAUAAAUAUGUUGCUGAUAUACUUCUCCGUGAAGCUCAAGUAAAUAAGAAAAAGUAUAACGACAUCGGUGUGAAAGCCUACCUCCCCAAUUCCGGAACUCCUCCAAGCACACUUCCCAAGAUGAACAAAAGGUUUUUGCUGAAUGUCGUCAAAGCAACUGACAGUCACAAUCAAGCACUUAUUCGAGCCACAGAAGAGCAAGCACAAGCGAAUAGACGGCGAAUUGAACGGGAAGAAAGAGAUAGAAGUAGACGCCGAUCAAGGUCUCCUACAUCCAUAGCAAAACGAUCAAGACGCUCUAGGAGUCGAUCGCCAUAUAAAGACUACGAAAGGCGCGAGCGGGACCGAUCAAGCUCACCUACAUCAUCACCACGUCGCCACCAGUCGGUUGAUACCCAUCCUGACAAUUCGUCAAGCUCUGAGUCCUCUGAGGAUGAAAAAACUGUCACUUUUAAAGGUCGAGGCAAUAUUACUGCAGGAGGUCCUUCGGCUAUGGACAAAUAUUUUUCGAAAUCUUAUGAUCCAAGCCAAGACACCGGCAAGGUUGUUGACGAGGAUGGCUGGGUCGAUAGCCAUGCACAUAGCAAAAAGAAAAAAAGUAAAUCUAAAAAGAGUAAAUCCAAGGGCAAAGAAGAAUCGUUGCGAAAGCAUAAACACAAGAAAUCCAAGAAAGAAAAGACAUCAGACGCCAACCAUCGUUCACUGAAUGAUGGUAUUGUAUAUAGCAAAGGUGUUCGUGAAUGGGACGUUGCAAAAGUUCAUAAUGCCAGUAAAUUCUCGUAAACAACUGACUGUAAAGACGUAUUAGGCUUGUGGUCAUCGGUAUCAUUAGCAGCUCCUUCUGUACUAUUUAGCAAUCUUGGAAGAAAUACACUGUAUAAUUCAUGCAACGAAACUUUUGCUGUCUUUGUUCGGUGGUUUCUUAAUUUGUACGUGAUCACUCUUCAUAAAGAGCCAACCGCGUGACACUUGGAAUAUGCCGGUUCGCACCAUCU